AUGACGAAGAAUUUCACCACGGACACUGCUCUCAAUGCUCAGGAGAGUACCAGCAAAAUGCGGUUGUCUACUAGUAGAGCCAACAAAAGACGGCCUUUGGCAUGGACUCUCCUGAUUUUUCUGUCCUUUGGCACGAGAUCCGUGCGAUCGCAGCAAGAUCAAAAUCCACUGACCAUGAAUGGAGGAUCGGUACUGGCCAUGGCAGGGAAAGAUUGUGUGGCCUUGGCUGUGGAUAAACGAUUUGCUAGUGGAGCUCAGAUGGUCAAUAUUGCACCACGGCAUGUCUACGUACCAAGUCCAGAACUCAUGGUAGCGUUCACAGGUUUGGAGGGAGAUGUGCAGUCCUUGUCGCAUAGUUUGGAAAAACAAGUGGCUUCGAAAUUGGGUCGAGGGCUGGGUUUCAUGAAUGAGAAUCGACAGCAACGUCCCGUCAUUACACCCCGCGCCAUGGCCUCCUUGACCAGUCAUGUUCUGUACAAUCGAAGGCAAGCACCGUACUAUGUAGAACCUCUCAUUGUGGGGUUGACGACGACGACAAAGACAUGUCCGGAUGGAGCCACUCCCUUUUUGUGUUCCAUGGAUUGCAUUGGGGCCAAAUCCAUCUCUCGGGCAUUUGUGUGUGCCGGUGCAGCAUCGGAUUCCAUUUUUGGCACUGCCGAAGCGUUGUGGAAACCCGAUCUUGAAGCGGAUGAAUUGGUGGAGGUUUGUGCCAAUGCGUUUUUGAGUGCACUGGAACGAGACUGUUUGAGUGGCUAUGGCGCCAUGGUCUACCUGAUCCAUCGCAACGGCAUCACAGAAUACGACAUGGCCAGUCGGAAUGACUGA